UCCAAACUUUCAAGCCCUGUUUGAGUGCCCCCACGUUAAUACGUUCUGCAAAUCUCUAAUGUCAAUCUCCAAGUACCCUUCCCACCAGACCAUCACGUGGUCUUCUCGUACAUGUCUGAGGUGACCUCUUUACCAAAACGAAAACCUUCUCUUUCAAGCAACUCCAGACUCCAAGUGCCCUAUUUAUAACCUCUUUUCUCACCCUUUUCUCUUCAAAAUUCGUUUCUUCCUCUCCUCUCUUCUCUUCUCUUCUCUUCUCUCCUCUCCUCUCUCGCAAACCAAACCAAUUAUUUAGAACCUCUCUUGCCUUCAGUCAUCUGAGAGACUGCACCCAAAGCCAUGACUGCUGCUUCAACUCCACUCAACUCUAGUAGUUGGGCAAAAGCCCAGAUGCCUCGCCCCACUUAUUUGGGCUUUCCAUCGUGGUCUAUCUACCUAAAGAAGCCCAACAAUAGUAGAGCAAGCAUUGUUAAUAGCGUAAACAGUGCUUUGCAUUCUUACUCGGUGCUUCAUUUCCCAAAACAGAGCUCCCGGCAACCAUUAAUUUCGAAACCUGACAGCUCUGUUCAACUCAACACCAAUCAAUUUCCUCCACAGUGGAAUUUGCUACAAAGAGCUGCUGCCAUGGCCUUGAACAUGGCCGAAGGCGUGUUGCUUUCCCUCGAGCGCCAACACCCACUUCCCAAAACCUCGGACCCGAGAGUUCAGAUUGCUGGAAAUUUCGCUCCCGUACCCGAACAACCUGCUAUGCACUCACUUCCGAUCACCGGCACAAUCCCCGACUGCAUCAACGGCGUUUACCUCCGAAACGGAGCCAACCCUCUAUUUGAACCUGUCGCUGGCCACCACUUCUUCGACGGCGAUGGCAUGGUUCACGCCGUCACCAUUCAUGGCCACUCCGCCAGCUACGCGUGCCGGUUCACCGAGACACAAAGAUUCGUCCAAGAGCAAGAACUCGGCCGUCCGGUCUUCCCAAAGGCCAUAGGUGAGCUCCACGGACACUCUGGUAUCGCACGCCUUCUUUUAUUCUACGCUCGAGGGCUUUUCGGACUUUUGGACAAUAACCAUGGCACCGGAGUCGCCAACGCCGGGUUAGUGUACUUCAACGACAGACUGCUCGCCAUGUCGGAGGACGACUUGCCAUAUCAGGUAAGAGUCACUACCUCCGGGGACCUUGAAACCGUAGGCCGAUACAAUUUCGAUAACCAGCUCAAGUCCACCAUGAUUGCUCACCCAAAGGUCGACCCAGUUUCCAAAGAGCUCUUUGCUCUCAGCUACGACGUUGUCCAGAAACCGUACCUCAAGUACUUCAAAUUUUCUCCUGAUGGAAAGAAGUCCCCGGACGUUGAAAUUCAAGUGCCGGUACCUACCAUGAUGCAUGACUUUGCAAUCACCGAGAACUUUGUGGUGAUUCCAGAUCAACAGGUGGUGUUCAGGCUGAACGAAAUGAUUAGAGGUGGCUCUCCCGUGAUUUACGACAAGAACAAGAAGUCACGGUUCGGAAUUCUCUCAAAAAAUGCCCGUAAUGCUUCAGAUAUUGUCUGGGUCGAGUCCCCAGACACGUUUUGCUUUCACUUGUGGAAUGCCUGGGAGGAACAGGAGUCUGAAGAGGUCGUGGUGAUCGGCUCAUGCAUGACACCGCCGGACUCUAUUUUUAAUGAAUGCGAUGAGAGCUUGAAAAGUGUGCUCUCUGAAAUCAGGUUCAAUUUGAAGACUGGAGAGUCGGCGCGGAGAUCGAUAAUUUCGGCCUCCGAGCAGGUGAACCUAGAGGCCGGGAUGGUGAACCGGAACAAGCUUGGGAGGAAAACAAGGUAUGGUUACCUCGCCAUUGCUGAACCGUGGCCAAAAGUGUCCGGGUUCGCCAAGGUCGAUCUUUCAACUGGGGAGGUAAAGAAGUAUAUAUACGGCGAUAAAAGGUACGGCGGAGAGCCAUUUUUCUUGCCAAGAGACUCCCAUUCAGAAAAGGAAGAUGAAGGGUAUAUUCUUACUUUCGUCCACGACGAGACGACAUGGAAAUCCGAGCUUCAGAUUGUGAACGCCAUGAAUUUACAGAUAGAAGCUUCAGUAAAGCUACCUUCGAGGGUGCCGUAUGGUUUUCAUGGCACGUUUAUAGACUCAAAAGACUUGACAAACCAGGCGUAGAGUACCGCAAUGAGAAUGAUCACAGUAGGAUCCCCAAUCUUGGAGAUUAUUCCCCGAAUACUCUGCUGCAUGGCAAAAAAAUUUUAAAACCCUACAACCUUUUACUUUCGGUAAUGUUUUUACUCUGAUCGUAAUUUUGAUGAGGACUCUGCAGCUUGAAGCUUUUGGAAUGAAGGUAGCUAGGUUUCGAGCUCAGCUGGUUUCUGUUUGCUUUUGGUAUGUAUGGAAGAUUAUAGAUCUUCCUCUUGUUACGUACGUCCGGCCCACAGCUUGCAAAUAGUAAUAGUAAUCUUGUAUGUACGUCGUACUGUACUUGUGUUUACUUAUAAUGUGGAUCGAUGUUCUACAUUAA